GUUCUUUUCUGGAUUUAAAUGUCCAAAACAAAAACGAAGUUUUGAGUAUUUUCUUGGUGCAAAACCUUUUGCUGUUUGUUUUUGUUAAAUUUUUAAUUAAGCUGAUAUGGUUACAAAGUAAACACAAGCCGGUAUCGAAAUGGAUCAACUUGAUUUUCGUUACAAAGAUCUUAGAGAGCAACUGUACACUCUCGGCUUUCACCAACAAAUGCCCAUAGGCUCGAUGUCAAUUGUGUCUGCAUUACUCGAAGAUUUGAUCAAAGUUACUGACAGCUACAAGCAAUCAAAGGAAACGGUCAAAAAUUUGCUUGAGGAGAAACGGGCUUGGGAUCUGGGAAUCGAACCGUACAAGUGUGACAACUCUCGACUUUUAUCCGAAAAUAAUGCACUUCACUUGGAAGUGAUACAGCAACGCGGUCUUUACGAGAAGAAAAUUUUGGACCUUAAGGGUACGAUUCGAAAUUUGGAAGUGGACAAAAAUUACUUGGACGACCAUUGCAUUGAAUUGGUUAGUAAAAUCAGUGAAAUGGAACAUCGCGGUAAAAGUUCCAAGUCAAAUGACGGUGGUACAGUGAAACAUAAGACGCCAUUCGUUUCAACCGUUACUUCGGGCAUUCCUCCAUAUACCGGUUCAUCGAAACAUCAUUCGUCUCGCCGAGGCGAAGCCAAAUCCAGCUCAAAUGACCAUCAGGUCCAAAUUGUCAUAUUGCAGAACGAGAAUCAGCUGCUGAAGGAUGAGAUUAACUGUUUAAAGAAGCAGCUAGAAAGUCGUGAUAGGGAAAUUGCCCGAUUACACAAACAGCUUGCUGGUGGUCGACCUGUAGCUGCAUUAGGACGAGAUUGCUGUUAUCAGGGCAUCGAUACAUUGACAGAAGACAUGAAGUUGCUUCAACAGCAACUGAUUGCUACCAAGAAGGAACUAUCCGAGAGCUUAGAACAACAACAUGAAGCUAAACUUCGUGCUAUCAAAUUGGAUGAGGAGAAAAAGAAGUAUGCUAAAGAUCUAAAAGAGAUGGAGGAAUUGGCGCUUAAAAUUCAGGACGAUGCUAAUGCACAGCUAUCCGACAAAGAAAGAGACUACGAACGUUUAGUUGAUAAGCUUAAUGAUUCACUGCGAAAAAUCUCGGCGCUCGAAUCUGCUGCACGAAGCUCUAGUUCUACGUCACAACAAACGAAAAUUGUUGAAAAUAUGAAGGCGGCAUUGAAGAAAGCGAACGAGGAGAAUGAUCAUCUGAUAGAUAGGCUAGUCAACGAUGAACAAAAAUACUCUGAAGAAAUCAAAAUACUUGCGCGUAAAAAUUCCAAAUUGGAAGAGAAGCUACAGCUCCUUCAGUCAAAGGGAAGCAGUGACAGACGAAUGCUGAAUAAGGAAACAAUUACCGAAACUCAACAUGAAAACGGCUUUUCCAAAGAGAAGCUCUUAUUGCAAACUGAGUACUUACGGCGGUUGAAUCAACCAGUUUAUGAAAGAGAAUUGGAGAAUGUGCAAUCUCAACUGGCGUUGCGUGAAAUCGAGAUCGAUAAGUUAAAGGAACAAUUAUCAUACUUACAAUCACAACCAAAGACGGCUAGCGGGAGUCACACCAGUAUUUCGAUUCAUUCAGCAAUGAGUAGAAUGGAACGUGAAGCAGAAACGUUAAAAUCGAAAAUUAAUCUCAUCACCAGCGAACGAGAAGACCUGAAGAAAAACCUUAAGGAAGUGCUGGAUGAUUUUCACAAUGAGCAACUCUCGUACACGACACAGAUAUUGAAGCUCACCGAUCAAGUAAAAAAAUUAGAGAAUGACAAUCAUCUCUUGCGUGACUGCCAGCAAACGGGAGCGUCCAAAGAAAGUAGAAUUUUACGGAUGACUGAGAAAGUAGAAGAAUACACGAGGCAGUUGGAAGAAUUGAGUUCGGAGAAUCGUAAAUUGAAAAGCUCGUACACCCAAAUCAAGAUACUGCAAGAACAAACCGAAAAGACGCUAAUUGAUUACCAGAAUCGAUUAGCCCAAGCCGAAAAUGACUUAGCACAUAGCGCAUGUGAACAGGGUGCAAUGGAUGCCAAAUUUACAUUCACCAAUAAAACCAUUUCCAAUUUGAAGGAUGAAGCAGACAAAUUGAGAGUAGCCAUUGAGUUACUCGAAAAGGAUAGAAAUGACAUGCUCAAUCAGCUAGAUGCUAAAACGGAGCAAAUCAUUCAUAUGGAUACGGAAGUGAGUAAGCUGAGAUCUGAAAAUGCCGAAUUGAGCUCAAAGAGCGUUGCCCUGCGGAGACAAAUGUCGUCUAAAAGCAACGAAAACGUCGAAAAGACAAGCACAAUACACAAAGUAACACAAGAAUACGAAAUUCUUCGAAAACAAGUGGAACAUUUCAAAGAACUAAAUGAAAAUUUAACAGCAGAGAAUAGCCGAUUGUGUCUCCAAAUAACCGAUCUUACGUGCGCAUGUAAAGAACUGAAGAAAAAACAAGGACUGUCAGAUGGCGAGGUAGAACGACUAAAGGAAUCAAUAAAGGAAUACGUGUUCAAGAUAAAGGAAGUUGAAGAUACUCUAGCAUUAAAGAACACUGAAUACGAACGAAUACUCGGUCAUUUUAACACAUUUGAAAGUGAUGCACAGAAACUGGAAAGAACCAAUCACAGUUUGGAAAUGGAGAAUGAGGAAGCUAGUCGUCGUUUGAGCAACGCAGGUCGUGAACUGCAACAUUUACAGGAGAUACUGAAUGAACGUGAUAAUGAAAUAGCCGCCAACAAUCGUCAAAUAACUGAAUUGAAUAACCAACUCAUCGACGUUGAACGGGAUCUGAAAAGACGUGACGAGGAAGUGAAACAUCUGCAGGAGAAUUCCAAUGCAAUUAAAGAACUGUGCAAUAAGUUGGAUAUCGAAAAGGAAAAGCUUAAAGAAGAAGUGAAUGAGUGCUCCAAUAUACGACGAAAGCUUGAACUUGAAAACGAAAAAGUACGAAAAGAUCUGGCUGCCAAUGAAGCACUAGAUCAACAAGGUGCCGUUCAAAAACUACAGGAACUACUCACGGCGAGCAAAGUUGAAGCUGAGCAGCAACGCGCCACACUGAGCGAAAAAUCAACCGAAAUACAAAAACUUCGGGCGAAAUUGAAUGAAUUGAAGGAGAAAUACGCAGAAGAGCAAGAGAACUCUAAGCGUUACCAGGCUUCAUCACAAGAAAAUGCCGUCCAAAUUCAAGAACUCAACCGUAAAUUGACCAAUUAUCGAUAUGAAGCUAAAGUUAGUAAAGAGAAGGAACAACAGAAGGACGAUUAUGACCGCAAUAAGAUUUUACUUGAUCAACCACAAACCGGUCAAUAUUCAGACUUAAUUUCUGACGAUUCUCAACGAAAAUUCAAGAAUCCGACGGCAAAUUCUCGCAAUGAUCCAAUUGAGCCAUCGGUAAUUGUAUACAAACGAACUCCGCUAUCUGCCAUAGAUCCAUCAGCCAUAAACGCAAGACAGGGAACCGGUCACUUAGAUUGUUCAGAAAGUUCGGAAGGAAUGAAUUCGACCAUAAAGCAGUACAUUAUGAAAAGUCAACAUAAAAAGCCAUCAAGGAAAUGUAAGAAUGACAAACUUCGCAGAGGAAACGAGACAAGUUCAAGUGAAACCGGUUCUGGACCUUCUGAAAGACUGUCAAUACCAAAUGAAAUGAACGAUCGACCAAGAGCGUUGAACAGUCAACCGAAAGGGAACAGAUUUGAAUCUGUUCCUAAUGAAAUGUCAAUAACUAACGAAUUGAAUGAUCACAUUGAACAAUUGCGAGGUCAGCAGGGGAGGAAUAGUGAUGAAAUUGGCUAUCAAAAAGGGUCGGCAGUUGGUGAAUUGAAUAAUGAAAUCAAAGGGUUCAACAAUGAACAAAGCGGGAGCGGAGAUCCUGUGGGAAACACAUUUUCAGAAGCUAUUGCUCAAAAUGGUCGAGCAUCGUUUCAUAUGAAAAAAAACGGCACAGUUUCUAAGUCUCACGACGAUUCAAUUCCACAAAACAUUCGAAAAACAAUGAAUUCCGAAUCACAUGAAGAAUUUUUCACGUGCGAUUCCAGCAGCACAAUUCCACAUAACGAUCGCCAAGAAUUCCAAGACUCACCAAGAACGCAUCCGAUACUGCAACCAUUUGAUACGUCGCAUCUACCUCCACCGCCGCCAAUGAAUGACCUCCUUAUCGGAUACAAAUCAAGCAGCAAAGCACUAUUCAAUAUCCAAGUUAAUUCGCAUAUGGGACAAAUACAUGCCUUCAGAGGUGACUGUGUAAUCGGUUCGACUGAGUAAACAGUUUUUUGUUCUUAUGGUUCA